GCGGGGUCUCCACCCCGACCCGGAAUCCUCGCCGGGGCGAAGCCCGGGAGUCCUCCCCGGGUAGAAGGAAGUGCUCCGUGACCCCCCCUUCCCGCCCCGCCCCGCCCCGCGCCGACCUCGCUUGCCGCCGGCCGACUUAGGGAGCCGCCGGACUCUGCCUUGGACCGUGAGUCUCGAGCCGGGAACCCCUCGAGGUGAAGCCGCCGGGUUCCCGGGCCUCCGCCGGGCGUUCCCCGGGAGCAUCGAGGAACCCCAUCCUUGCACACGCAACUUCCCGAUUUCCACCUGGGACUGGCAGAGGGGCCAACGGACUUGGACGCGGAGGACUUGGACGCGGGCCCCCUCGGCGGGGGGCGUCCCGCCGCCCGGGCCGUGGGACGGGGCGAGGGACCCCUCCCCUCUCCCCCAGCCGCCCUGCUCGGAUGGCGCCGCCGGCCGAGUGAGGGGGGCGGCACGCAGGACUUCCCCGCCGGGACCUCCUGUCUUCGCGGGGGACCAUGUACGAGAGCGUGGAAGUGGGGGGACUCGCUCCCACCCCUAAUCCCUUUCUUGUGGUGGAUUUUUAUAACCAGAACCGAGCCUGUUUGCUCCCGGAGAAGGGGCUCCCCGCCCCCGGCCCCUACUCCACCCCGCUCCGGACUCCGGGUUGGAAUGGCUCAAACCACUCCAUUGAGACCCAGAGCAGCAGUUCGGAAGAGAUAGUGCCCAGCCCACCCUCGCCACCCCCCCUCCCCCGCAUCUACAAACCCUGCUUUGUCUGUCAAGACAAAUCCUCAGGCUACCACUAUGGAGUCAGCGCCUGCGAAGGUUGCAAGGUUCCAGAUGCAGACAUGGCUGCACCUUUCCUGCAGCUUCCCGUCUGGUGUCCUAGCUGCUACUCCAUUCUUGGUUCCUGCUUCAGACACAGGAUCCUGGGAGCUGUGCAGAUUCAGGGUCUGGGGCUCUGGGACACCUCUCAGCCUGAAGUGGCUGUCUCCAGAU